AUGGAGGAUAACAUAGAAAAUAUAUUGCCAAGUACUAGUAGUAUAAUUCACACAAUGUGUUUACCUCGAACAAGAACAAGACAACAAUUUAGUUUAUGUGUUAGUUCUGCUCCAGAAGAAGAAGUCGAAGCUUUUGACUCAUUGGAAGAAUUGUUACACAAAACUUGGACUAUUUUUGGAGUUUCCACUUUAUUUAAUUUUUAUCAAGAUGAAGUAUAUUUGAAACAAUGUGCAAAACGAUUAAGAGAAGAAAUUGCAAAGAAUUUAUCACAAGAAGACGUUACAUAUGAUACAGAAUUCUGUGUUAUGGAAAACAUAUCAUUAAGACCUAGUCCACUAGAUCCACCACCAAUAAAAGUUGAAGUUUAUUCUGAAAGUAAUAAUAAUCAAGCAAAUUCAAAGAAAUGUAUUUAUAAAGGAAUACUUUUAUCAUGGAGAACUACCAAAAGUAAAUUAAUUACUUCCAAUUCCAUAAGAUUACCUCUUUUAUUAUGUCGUGGCACAGUUGGUGCUAUAAGAACUGUCCAUAAUGUGUUAAGUCAUAUGUUUGAUUGCAUGAUUAUUGCAUUACCUGUACAUGAGGAUGAUUUAAUAUGGCUUGUUCCAAUUGUAAUUACUCCAAUAAAUAAAGAAAAACAAACAAAGAGUACAGAUGAAAUUCGUAUGGAAUAUAGAAUACCAGAACUAAAAAAUACGGAUACAAUUACAAUAAAGUUUCUAGUUUUGGAUUUAAUAAAAAUAUUAACACUAAUUAUAAAAGAUCAAAAUGAUGAAGCAAAUCUUGAAAUUGCUUUUAAUUUAGAACAUAUAGAAAAAUUUCGUGAACUUUUAUAUUCUGAAAUGUUAAAAGUUGCUGGUUUUGAAUUAGGAUUAUGUACAUUAUAUAAGAUUCAUCUUCCUACAAUUACAAUAAUGGAAAACAGGGUAAAUAAAUUACAUUAUCUAUAUUGCUUAAUUUUUAUAAAUAUAUUUAUAUCUUUUUUUUCAGAUGAAAGUAAUGAACACAGAUACUAUGAAUCGUAUUCUGUUAUAUUUAAACGAAAAAGCCCUUGAUACAUUUCAUACAUUAAAUCUUGAAAUUUAA